UGUACCAACAUGGCCGCCACAGGCGGAAGUGAUGCAGGUGCCGGGAAGGAAGAGGAGAGCGCGCGACGGGGCGUGUACCGCCAUCAUUCGCCAUUCCAGAGGGUGGGAGCUGUAAGAGCGGGGAACCGGACCGGCAGCGGGCGCCCUCUCUAAACAUGGCUGAACACGAACCCACUUCAGAGCAACUGGCGCAGAUUGCAGCGGAGAACGAGGAGGACGAGCAUUCGGUGAACUACAGGCCCCCAGCCCAGAAAACUAUCGAGGAGAUACAAGCUCUGGACCAGGAUGAUGAGAGUCUGCGCAAGUACAAGGAGGCUCUGCUAGGCCCCGUUCCCAGCACAGUGGAUCCUAACGUUCCAAAUGUCGUCGUCACCAAAUUGACCUUGGUUUGUGAAGAUGCUCCAGGCCCCCUCGAGUUGGAUCUAACAGGAGACCUUGAGAAAUUUAAGAAAGAAUCAUUCUCCCUUAAAGAAGGCGUGGAGUACAGAAUCAAAAUCAGCUUUAAGGUCAACAAGGAGAUUGUGUCCGGACUGAAAUAUCAGCAGCAGACGUACAGGAAAGGUGUGAGAUUGGACAAGACAAACUACAUGGUUGGAAGUUACGGCCCCCGUGCGGAUGAGUAUGAGUUUCUCACUCCGGUGGAGGAAGCCCCCAAGGGUAUGUUGGCCAGAGCCUGUUACAAUAUGAAGUCUCUCUUCACUGACGACGAUAAGAAAAAUCACCUCUCCUGGGAGUGGAACCUGAACAUCUGUAAAGAUUGGAAGAACUAGGUCUGCCCAGAGAUGCCCCUGGCGGUGGUCUAUAACAGCCCUCCGACUCUCUGAGAGAAGCUGCCGGAUUGUGUCCCAGUUCUGUACCAUGUGGUGUCUCCCCCCACAAGCUCUACCUUAUGCCCCUUAAAAAAAAAAAAAAAUAUGCCAAGUGGGAUUGACGUUUCUGCCUUGUGUGGGCGCUGCCUUGCCCUGUCCUACCCCUUUUAUGUAUACUGCAGGAUGACAGGGAGGCGGGAGCGUGUCCCCUGUUUGCUCUCGUUAUCGUGCCCGGCCUAGUCAUUGAGAGUUCAUUCCGAGGUACUUCUCGCCGUCCACCCUUCUUAUAUUCUACCUUAUGAUCAUUGCCUGUGUUAUUUCAGUUUUUUUUUCUUUUCUCGUUGCCGUGUUGCCUUAAUGAUUUUGCAUUUGUUGCAGUAGGGGCAUUGCCCGGUGCCCCCUUGGUUUCAUGUGUGCCUCGCUUUCAAGUCUGCCUGCCGCAUGGGGAUCAUCCCAGAACCAGAUGAAUCCCUUGCAAACGCUCCUUUUAUUCCACGUCUUGCCACAAUGAUCCCGAAGGUUUGUUUCUCGCUCCAGUGCAGGUUUCUAUAGGACCAAAUGUGAGAUACGACACUGUCCGAUGUCAGUCCUCCACCCGGGGGCCGGAACACCCACUUUCUAGUAGAUGGGCUUGAGUGCGUGAUGUGCCAGUCUUACGGAGCUGCUUGUCUGUAGUCGGCCUGCUUCAAUGUCCUAGAGAUCUGCCCUACUAACGCUAGUACUGACAUAUGAAUGUGGGGGUUAUGCUCAAACGGGCGGCUUUACAUCCAGGGGGAAGUUGUGCUUUUCCUUUUCGGAUCAAUAUUUAUUGCCUUGGUUUCAAGUCCUUCCUCUCAGAUUCAAUCUUCCCACCCUGGGGCCUCCUGGGGGGUAUCUGUAUCAUUGCAGUCGGGAGAAGUCUUGGGGGUGGGGUGGCGAUCGUUUCUCACGGACAGAGACAAUAUGUGGUUUAUUUUGUAUUUGUUUUGUCUGUAACAUUUCACAGAAGCCAGGAUCGCAUGAUCCCGACGUCAUCUGCUUCCUUUUUAUGAUAAAUAAAAUGAUUCCAGUUGGCGA